GCACGUGUAUGUUGCUCUUUUCCUGACCCCCUGGUCAUCUACAUGCCCAGACUCUAUUACGCGUAGUCCGCACCUUCCACCUUGGUCAUUCCACUUUACUUUCCGCACACCUUCCGGAACCCCAACCCCUCUCGUUCUGAGAGGCCAAGGACCAUCCACAUGACCAUCUCCCCACCAAUUCCACGGGGGAAUAAUGGUACCUCAGCAUCUGCUGAGUGCCAGCUCACCGAAGCGCCCCGUGCUUCGACUUCCUCUGGGGCUGUCAGAUCCACAGCCCCUACCUACUCUUUCCUCUCGUCCCAAGAGGCCAGUGGUGGUCCCUACGGCCACUUCCCCACCUGUUCUAAGUAGGGAG